AUGUUGACUUCCCCCAAUACAUGCGCAUGGCCCCAGGAGAUUAGCAUCAGUCUAGUCAACCGCAGUGAUAUAAUCAACUACCACUCGCAGGCGAUCCUCAACCUGGAGCCAACACAGGGAGACGCCUCGCUCAUUGGGUGGGAAGGACGCAAGGUUACCGCUCUCACUGCCGCGCUUCUAAAUGGAACCUUUAUCCAGGGUUUCGAGCUGGAUGACUGGCACAGCGAGGCUCCCCUUCAUUCGAACAGCAUCAUCCUGCCAGCUCUGCUUGCCGCUGCGGAGCAAGCCAAUGCACAAGCUUCUCACUUCACAACCUCCGGAAAAGACUUCCUGCUCGCGACUAUCGCGGGCUACGAGACAGGACCACGUGUAGGCCGUUCUCUCUGGGGCACACAUGUUCUCUCAUCAGGCUGGCAUUCUGGAGCAGUCUUCGGACCUGCUGCUGCCAGCGUGAGCAAGCUUUACGGGCUCGAUGCGGACACAAUCGAGGAUGCUUUUGGGAUAGCAUGUACCCAGUCGUGUGGGCUCAUGUCUGCCCAGUUCGAGAGUGACGUAAAGCGCAUGCACCAUGGGUUUGCAGCACGGAACGGUCUUCUGGCUGCUGUCUUAGCACAAGGCGGCUAUGUGGGUAUCAAUUCUGGAAAUGGGAAGCAACCCCAAUAUCUACCGCAGGAGUUGACGAGCGAGCUGGGAAUCAGGUGGCAGACGAAUGGCAUUGUGAUCAAGCCGUACGCAGCGAUGGCAGGUACACAUCCUAGCAUUGACUGUAUCCGCCAUCUCCAAGAACAAAACCCUGACAGGAUGAAGAGGUUCGAUGGAAUAAAGAAGAUCGACAUCCUCCUUAGCGAAGCUGCUUUCCAUCACGGAGGCUGGAGAGCCGCUAGGCCCCUCACAGCAACGGGAGCCCAGAUGAGUAACUCGUUCACGGCCGCAACACAGAUUGUUCAUGGACAAGUUUUGAUGCCGCAGUUUACCCCUGAUACGCUCGUUGAUGAGGAUGCCUGGAGACUUGUCGAUCUCACUGAGUGCAAACUCCAUAUCACUGAUGGAGACUCCAUCGGCUGUCAAGAAGUGAGGAUUAGGUUUGAAGACGGGACGGUCCUACAUCACAGUGUGCCGAGUGCUUUUGGCGUAGAGCCACCCCUUUCUAACGACGAUAUAGUGGCCAAAUGGAGGCAACUAACCAGGGACAUUGUUGAGAAUGAAGUUGUAGGAAAGAUUGAGGAGAUAGUGUUGUCUUUGGAGGAGCAGGAUGAUCUUGUGGCACUUUUUGAGCUCAUUCUUCAAACAUCGAAGAAUCCGUUGACCAGAUAG